CUCUGUUAACGCUCUUCUGCAAAACGCCUGCAUUGUAACCCCGGCCUCUCCUGUCUCUCUCUCUCUCUCUCCCUGCAGCCGCGCCGUGCAACGGAGCCUCGCCAUCAUCCGCCAGGCCAAGCAGCGGAAAGACCGAAAGAAGGAAUAUUGCAUGUACUACAACCGCUUUGGCAAAUGCAACCGGGGGGAGAGCUGCCCGUACAUCCACGACCCCGAGAAAGUGGCCGUCUGCACCAGAUUCCUGCGCGGCGCGUGCAAGAAGACGGACGGGACGUGUCCCUUCGCACACAAGAUUUCAAAGGACAAGAUGCCCGUCUGCUCCUACUUCCUGAGGGGAAUUUGCAACAACAGCGACUGUCCGUACAGCCAUGUCUACGUCUCCAGGAAAGCAGAGGUCUGUGCGGACUUCCUGAAGGGCUACUGUCCCUUGGGAGAGAAG